AUGUUUUUAAAGUCAUAUAAAUCAAUGUACAUAGAUUCAAUCAAUAGAAAGAAUAAUUAUCAUCUUUCAAUUGUAAAAGAUGAUCUUGGGAUUACAGAAUACUAUGUUAUCAAAUAUAGUAUAUUACCAGAGAAUAUUACAUCUCUAUCAUUCUCAUCAAGUUUUAAUGAACCAUUAGAAGCUAGCCAGCUUCCACCGCACUUGAAAUGUCUUAAAUUACAUUUAACCUAUUUGGAACAUGGAAUUAGACCAGGUGUUCUCCCAAUCACACUUGAGAGUUUGUAUCUCUCUGGAUCAUUAGUACAUCCACUUGAACCCGGUGUAUUACCAUCAUCUUUGAAAUAUCUCUCAUUCGAAAGCGAUCAUAUUCUAAAAGUUGGAUCAUUACCUCCGAACCUGGAAGAAUUCACAUUUGGUCGAAUAGAUAGCAGUAGAAAACCAUCAAGAGUUGACGAUGGGGUAUUACCUUUGACACUUAGGAAACUGACAGCACCUGUAUCAUGGCUUCCAUCAAUCAAAUCACUUUCAAAUCUUAAAUCAUUAACACUACAAGAUGCUGACAAAGAUAAAAUCGAUUUAAGUUAUCUGCCAUGCUCACUCACAGAACUGAACAUUCUUUCAGGAGGACAAUUAAUAUCAACUAUGCCACCAACAAUCAGAUAUUUGGAUUUAAUCGAUACACCAUUUGAUACCGAUGAGAUAUUCAUAGAUCGAUCACAAUAUCAUUUCGAGUAUUUAUCAGUAAACGAAAGCAAAGUUGAAUCACUACAAGAAUUCUUUCUUGAUACUCAAACCCUACCAAUAACACUUCAAGAGUUAGAGAUAGAUGAUUAUUACAAGAAUGAUAGAGAUAUUAUACUUAACAGUAAUGAUUUUCCAUCAUCACUUCAAUCAUUGAAAAUACCGUCAUUGGUACUUCCCCAACCUCGAAUACCUAACAAUCUUCUUUUAACUCCGUUACAAUCAUAUUUUAAAAAAAUAUGGUUACGUAGACUUGGCAAUCAUCAUUAUCUCUUCUUCAAUGAAGAACAAAAUUUUUUAUCUGCCAUUGUUCAUGAAUCAGAUAUUUCUAAUAUAUUUCAUUUUUGUAAAUCAACUCAUUCUCUACCAUCAUACAAUAAAACAGAAUAA